GUGAUUCUCUUUGUGACAGAGGAGCACAUGGAUACACAGAUCAUGCAACAGGUCUUCCAUGGGCAACAUGUGACGAGGAUCUGGAGUCAGACAUGGCUACACUCGUUGGAGGCAUUCCGGGAGAGGUAGCCAUCAUGAACGGGCUGUCAGUGAAUCUUCAUUUAUUGCUGACAUCUUUCUACCGACCAACUCCUCAUCGUCACAAGAUAAUUUGUGAGAGUCAGGCUUUUCCAUCUGAUAAUUAUGCAUAUCAGAGCCAGAUAUCUUUACACGGCUAUGAUCCAAUCACGAGUUUAAUAUGCGUGGAACCUCGAAAGGGUGAGAUGAACUUGAGAACGGAUGACAUCCUCGCAAUGAUAGAGAAGGAGGGGGAAUCAGUAGCGGUGAUCUGUUUUGGAGGCGCACAGUUCCUUACCGGUCAAGUCCUGGACAUGCAGGCUAUAACUGAAGCUGGGCAUAAUAAAGGGUGUUAUGUUGGGUUCGAUAUUGCCCAUGCUGUCGGUAAUGUACCCCUCUAUCUACAUGACUGGAAAGUUGACUUUGCUUGCUGGUGUACUUACAAGUACAUAAACGCGAGCGCUGGGUGUCUAGGGUGCAUAUUUCUACACAGGACGCACGAACAAAACGAUUUCCCUAAACUUCUGGGCUGGUGGGGACAGAAAAUUGAGAGCAGAUUCAUAAUGGAUAACAAUAUGAAUCUAACCCCUGGGGCUCGAGGCUACAGAGUCACAAAUCCACCCCCUUUAUUAUGUGCGUCUCUCAGAGCCAGUCUUCAAAUUUUCAACAAGACGACUAUGGGGGAGAUUCGCACUAAAUCAAAACUGAUGAUUGCUUACAUGGAGUACCUUAUCCUUCUGAGAAAUAAAUGCAGCACUAACAAACCUCUCACGUCAGUUAUCAACAUCAUCACACCGUCUGAUCCGGAACAACGCGGAAACCAAAUGUCUAUUACGUUCCCAAAUCAGGAUGUCGCUGCUAUUUUUAAAGAGCUUGAAAAGAGGGGUGUAGUGUGUACCAUCAGAAAAUCUUCCGUGAUACGUUUUGCCAUUGCUCCCCUGUUCAAUUCCUUUGGAGACGUCCAUCGAUUAAUGACGUGUUUGGACCAAGCAUUGAUGGCUGUCAACGCCAAGUAAUCGACCAAAAUACCGAAGGAAGAAAAUUUCAUGAUUAUGAAUUAACAGCAGUCUUAUUGAUUAUCUUUUGAAAUGAAAAUGUAUUUAAAUACAUAAAUGGAUUUUUAAUAC